CCUGCGCCGCAUCUCUCGGUUUUUUAAUUUUUCUGCUGGGACGAAGAGCACGAUCAAAGCUAGCAGCAGCUGGAACAGCCGCCAUGGUCUCUGCAAAGAAGCAGGCCUUUCUAGACCGCAAGAAGACACUCAAGGAAGCAGGCGGGCAAGAUGGAGACGAAGCAGUCAAGCCAGAAAUUAUUGUGCGGCCGAGCAAGAAGCGUACCCAGACGGAGGUUGCUGAGACUGCGCAUGAGCCUGCUGAGCGGACAGUCAAGAAGCGCAAAGUCCAUGUGAAAGAGGCACCCGACGCCAACAACAAGAAUGCGACGCUCUUUGUGCGCAAUUUGAGCUUCAAAACAACGCAGGAACAGCUUGAAGCGUUCUUCUCGGCAGUCUCGCCUGUGAAACAUACAGUCAUCAUUACGAACCCAGAGACCAGUGUGUCUCUUGGCUAUGGUUUUGUUUCGUUUGCCACAGCGGAAGAUGCGGCACUUGCCAAGUCAGAGCUGAGUAUGGCGCCGCUUGACGAUCGUCUCGUCAAGAUUGACUUUGCUGAGAAGCGUGCCCGAAAGGAUGAAGCAGAGGCAGAGAAGAAGCAGGCUACAAAGCAAGCACGGCUGGACGCCACCAAGGAAUCUCACCAAGCAGAGCUCAUCUUGAGAAAUCUGUCCUUCAAGGUGCGUGACCCUGUUCAGCUUCGACGUGUCUUUGAGAAGUUUGGCGGCAUCAAAGAUGUGCGUAUUCCGAGAGGACCUGGUGCCAAGAUGCGAGGCUUUGGGUUCGUGGUGUUCAAGAAGCGUGAGCAUGCCGCAAAAGCAAUCGAGGCGCUUAAUGGCAUUGAUCUCGAAGGAAGGCCCAUUGCUGUGGAUUGGUCCGUUAAGAAGGAAGAAUCUGAAGAGGCGACUGCCGAGGAUGAAGAUGAAGACGAAGCACAGAGCGACGAGAAUGAAGACGAGGAUGAAGAUGAAGAUGAUGAAGAGGCUUAUGAUGAAGUUGAAGAGGGCGAGAAGAACGCUGGAGAGGGCUCAAAGGACUCUGAAGAGGAUUCUGAGGAAAACUCGGACGAAGAAUCAGACACACCCGACCAACGCUCCUCGACACUCUUUGUUCGCAAUCUUCUCUUUGAAACUACGGAGACUGAGAUUUACACAUUCUUCAAGCAAUUUGGACCUCUUCGUUAUGCACGCAUCGUCAUGGAUCACUUCACUGGCCGUUCUCGCGGUACUGCGUUUGUUGCAUUUGUUCACGUUGCAGAUGCACAAGCCUGCCUCGCACUCUACCGCACCUUGCCCAAGAAUGUCACGCACGACGCCACCUCACUUCUUCUCUCUGAAGAGCGCAAGGAAGGCACUCUCGGGCGAUUUGUCCUCGGUGGCCGGCUUCUCGACAUCAACGAAGCACUCUCGAGAGAUGAUGCUGCUCAGCAGGUUGACAAGCAUGAUGCUGCCAAGCGUGCGGAAAAGGGUAAAGGUGUCGACAAGCGCAACUUGUUUCUGCUCAACGAAGGCCGAAUUGGUGGUAGUCAUCCACUGUUGCCACUGCUGUCCGAACAGGAUCAAUCCAUGCGUAGUGCAUCCUUUACACAGCGAAAAUCGCUCGUGGCGAGAAAUCCAGGACUGCACUUGUCGUUGACGCGAUUGUCGGUUCGCAAUCUACCAAGACAUAUUGGCGACAAGGAACUCAAGUACCUUGCGCGACAGUCGAUUGUUGGUUUUGGACAGGAUGUCAAAGCUGGUCUUCGUGAAUCACUCACAAAGGAAGAAUUGGCACGCGACUCUAGCAAGUCAUCAGCAACGGGCGUUGUGAAGCAAGCGAAAGUGGUCUUGGAAAAGGAUGGUAGUCGUUCUCGUGGGUAUGGGUUCAUCAGUUUUGCAUCGCAUCGAUUUGCUCUUAUGGGAUUGCGAUGGCUCAAUGCACGGCAGAUUGGGAGUAAGCUUGAUUUGGUCAAGAUGAAGAAUGCGCAGCCUAUGGAUCCUGGUCGAGAUGUCAGCCAGGAUGAUCGGAAGCGCAGACUCAUUGUUGAAUUCGCCAUUGAGAAUGUCGGCGUUGUGAAGCGCAGACAGGAGAAGGAGAAGAUGCACAAGGAGAAGGCAUUGUCUGCAAAGGACCUCAAAGCACAGCAGGAGCGUCAACGCGCAGAAGAAGUGGAGGAUGAACGCAGACGGAAACGUGCUGGCAACAAGCCAAGUGCUCUCGAUGCUGAAGCUGCAGCGCAAGCGAAAAUGGGCAAAAUCAUCAGCAAGAAGCGUCAAAUGAAGCGAGGCAAGCGUCAAGCAUAGGCUCAGUAUUUUGACCUGUCGUUGUCGCACAUAUUUAGCAUCUAUAGCUUUUUCGCUGCUUCAGCGGCAACUCUCGCCGGACCAACCUUCCAUCCGCGCUUGACUAGCGCCUUG